GUUCUGCUGUGGAAACGAAGAUCGCCAGUUUGAAUUAGGAGGAGCUCGAAAGCUAUGAUGGCGAUGAAGCGGCUGUCGAAGAAAUGGAGGAAGCCUCGCCGCGGCGGCCACUUCUCUCUCCCCACCCGUGACGAUCCCUCUCUCGACGAUUCUCGUCCCAUGGACACGCAAGAGCAAGAGGAGUUGGUUCGGUCGCUCGAAAAGAGUCAAGCGGUACAGAGUCUCUGUUGGAGGAGUGUAUUUGCGGCAUUUCUCUUUUGCUUUGCUGCCUUCCUCGUCUAUUCCAUAUACCGGCAGGCUACAUCUCCAUGGGAAUUGCGACAUCACGCUUACUUCAUGGAGGAGGCUCCUUCUUGGAUGAUUAUAUUUGCAGACUGGAUUGCUGUUUUAGCUUGCUCUAUGGCUAUUGUUGGGCUUAUUCAAAACACAAGACAAUAUAGACAGUGGCUUUGGUAUUCGUGCUUCACCAGCAUUAUACCAGCAAUGUUUUGGCUGUAUUACUUGUUGAGAAUUCCAAGAUUUCGCUGGGAUGUUUUAUGGCUCCCGUUGGGACCUCUUGGCGGAGCUGGCAUCUGUCUAUAUGUGGAUCACGUACUGCGCGAAUCAUCAGAAGAAGUGAGAAAACUUCGAGGCUAUAUGUAUGCUUAUAAAGCUAGCUGAAGAGUUGAAGAUCACUACUAGUCUGCUCAUGUUUUUAUCACUCAUCACUGAAGAUCGUUGGACCGAGUCAUUAAGCAGAUGGAUAGUUACUCAAGGCCGUUUCGAUCUUUCUUGAAUUUACACAGUAUUAACCGAAGAAGUUUAGUCCAGUCGUCCCACUGCAGAGUUUAUUGCAAAGAGGGCUGCCUUCAUCUUCGUGCGAUGUGUAGCAGUUGUUUGGUCCUGGACAUACUUCAAAAAUAGUGACUCAGUUUAUGAGAAUUGUAGGGUAAUGUGUGGAGAUGCGAUUGAUUGCUCCAUCCA